AUGUCUUCUGUUUUGUUUAUGCAGCUCUACAAAAAUAUUGCAUCUUCACUUAGGCUCAAUCAAACUCAUCCUACUUUGAUUAUGGAAACAUUCAAGAAAAGCUACUAUAAACUUAAUGACAAUGAGAAGACCAUGUUUCUAGACAUUGCUUGUUUCUUUAGUGGAGAAAAUGCUGACUACGUGAUGCAACUUUUUGAAGGGUGUGGUUUCUUUCCACAUGUUGGCAUACAUGUUCUAGUGGAGAAAUGUCUUGUGACUAUUUUAGAAAACAAGAUACAAAUGCAUAAUCUGAUCCAGGACAAAAUGUACAGCUCGAGAGGCAUUUCAGACUAUGGGACGCUUCAAUCAUUAAACUUCUGCUAUAAGAUGAAGAGACCAACUCCACUGGAAAAUAUAACGUAUGGUUUUGAAGAUACUGAAACCAUAUUUCUAGAUAUAUCUAACUUGGAUUUUUGUGUCAAAGCUAAUGCUUUCAAGAAUAUGCAUAAUCUUAGAUUUCUAAAGAUUUAUAGUUCCAACAAUAAAAAUCAUCAAGGACUUCGCAUUCGCAAAGCUCUUGAGUCACUUCCGAAUGGGCUAAGGUUACUCCACUGGGAGUAUUACCCUCUACAAUCAUUGCCACGUGAUUUUGAUCCUAGACACCUUGUUGAACUCAACAUGCCUUAUAGUAAACUUCAGAAACUAUGGGGAGAAAUAAAGAUGCUAAAGACGAUUAGGCUUUCUCAUUCCGAAGAGCUACUUGAAAUUAACGAUUUUCAAAUUUCUCAAAAUAUUGAGGUAAUUGAUCUCCAAGGUUGUAAAAGAUUUCAGAGUUUUCCAGCAACGAGUCAUCUACAACAUCUCCGAGUUAUUAAUCUCUCUGGUUGUGUGGAGAUCAAAAGCUUUGAAGAGGUUCCACCGAAUAUUGAGGCAUUGUAUCUUAGUGGAACUAGUAUAAAACAACUACUAAAACCAAGUGUGAGGCUCUCCCCAGGAUCUAGCCAAGAUCAAGACAGGCUUGUUUGCUUGAAUCAAAAAGAUUGUCAACCUCAUAUCCAGAGUUUAGAUUUUCUCAGAGUUCUUGAUCUCUCUGGUUGCUCAGAGCUCGAAGAGAUUCAUAUUUUCCCAAGAAACCUGAAAGAGUUAAAUCUUUCGGAGACCGCGAUAAGAGAAAUGCCAUCGUCAAUCAGUUGUCUCACUGCACUUGAGGUAUUGGAUUUAACUAAGUGCAAAAGGCUUCAACUCUUGCCCAUGAGAAUGAGUAACUUGACCUCUCUUGUUCAGCUCAUGCUAACUGGCUGCUCAAAGCUUGAGAGUAUUCAAGAUAUUCCAAUGAACCUGGAAGAGCUAUACCUUGCUGAGACCGCCAUAAGAGAAAGAACUUGUUGUAUUCAAUUCGAUGCAGAGAACUGCAAAAAUCUUCAAGACAUGCCUAUGGGAAUGGGUAACUUAAAUUCUCUAGAAACGCUAACGUUAGCUGGCUGCUUAGACCUAGAGGAUAUCCAAGAUCUUCCACGGAGCCUUAAGUUUUUAAAUCUAGCUGAGACACCCAUUAGGAAACUGCCAUCGUCAUUUGAGGAUCUCACUGAUCUGAUUUCACUAGAUUUGAGUCAUUGCAAAAGGUUGCAACAUCUGCAAAUGGGAUUCUCCAAAUCAUUAAUAAGAGUUGAGCUAUAUGGCUGCUCAGAGCUGGAUUAUAUUAUGGGUUUCUCACUUCAAGACAUGGGACAACUUCAUAUAGAUGGGACUGAUAAAGUGAUGUUAUGUGGGCCUCCUCCAUGUAAUGUCAUCUUAGUAUGGGAGAACUGGAGAACAUUUCAUGUGACGCCAAGGAAAAAGAAUGGCUCCAAAUCUUUACUCACGCUUACAUCACUUCUGGCCACGCCAUAUCAAUCGAAGCUGCCUUCUUCAUUGUUUUUUUCCUUGGUGUCAAGUAUCUACACAUUGGUCUCUUUGUGUCUCAGUAAUGCAUACCUAUUGGACAUACAUAUACCUCAAGAGAUAGGUCAUUUUCCUUCACUCAAGACAUUGGAUCUCAGCAGAAACGGCUUUAGCAAGCUUCCUGAAAGCAUCAAGGAGCUUUGUAAUUUGGAAAGUUUUAUAUUAUGUCAUUGCAAAAACCUCAAAUCACUCCCAGUGCUUCCCCAAAGUUUAGAGUAUUUGAAUGCACAUGGUUGCGUGUCUCUGAAGAAUAUUCAAAGGAGCUUCGAGAAGUUUCCAAGACAUUGCACAUUCAGCAAUUGUUUUAAUCUUUCUUCAGAUUUAGUUAAGGAGAUUUUUGACGCUAGUGUAGCUCACAUGGCCAGAGAACAUACACAGAAGCUCAUCACAGCACAAGUUAUCAGUUUCUCUAUUCCAGCAUUCACUGGUCUGAAUUCCAUCUUUCACUUGCAACGGAGUUCAUCAGUGAAGAUACAGUUAACUCCUCAUAUAAAAACUCUUUUAGGGUUUCGAAUAUCAGUUGUAGUUGCGUAUUGGGAUGGCUCCUACAAUGCUGCUGGUUUUGGCAUUAGGUGUGUAUGCAGAUGGAAAAACAAGAAAGGCAUCUCACGUCGACUUGAGACAAUUUUCUAUUGUUGGACUACAGAGGAAGUUGCCCAAAAAGUUCCAAAAAGUCACAUGUUUGUCUUCUGUGAUGUCUCAAUGCAUCCAGGUGCUGCUGCUGAAGGGAAUGACCAUGACAUAUUGGAUGAUUUAGUUGUAUUUCAAUUUGAUACUGUUAACGAGCAGAACAGGCUUCUUGAUGAUUACUGCACUGUUACAGAAUGUGGAGUAGAUGUAAUUACUACAAAAACAGAACAAACAAGUUUUAACUUGAGGCGACCGGCUACUGUCUUGGACAACGUUGAGAUUUCUUCGUAUGUGUCACCACCAUACAAGAAGCGAAAACAAAGCUUUUCACGAUCAAAAGACACUGAAAUGGAGCACGACAGGAAGAUCUUGGAUGAGGAUGGGAAGAUGAUUGAGAAGAUUGUUAUUGAUGUUUCAAAGCAAGUGGAUGUCAUGGAACCAAAUAUAGUUGAUGAAAUGUUGUUUCAGAAGGAGUAA